GGCCACCCCAACCUGCUCCAUCCUGCACUCACCCACUGCCCCUCGGGCUUCUCCUCUAGUCCUUGAUCAACUAGCGGCACGGCCUUAGCGGACCUGAGCAUGCCCUGGCCCCGCCCCGCAGCCUCCAUGGCCCCGCCCCUGGCCCGAAGACCACGCCCCAGGCCUGCCUCUCCUUGAUUUCCCCGCGGGUCGCAGGCCCUCCCCACGCUUGGAAGAUGGCGGCUUCCUUGGGAAGGUUACUUCGGGCUUCGGUGGCACGGCAUGUGAACUCCUUUCCCCUGGGGAUUUCUGCAGCCUUUAGGCCUGUUGCGACUAGAAACACAUUCCCAGCCAAGAUUAUGCCCACAACUGCUACCCAUUCAAAAUUUUCCUUCAGCACUAGUUCUUCAAUUUACGUGCCUGCUGUCACCCAGCAUGCUCCAUAUUUUAAGGGUACAGCUGUCGUCAAUGGAGAAUUCAAAGAAAUAAGCCUUGAUGACUAUAAAGGCAAAUAUUUAGUGCUUUUCUUCUAUCCUCUUGAUUUCACUUUUGUGUGUCCAACAGAAAUUGUUUCAUUCAGUGACAAAGCUAAUGAAUUUCAUGAUGUGAACUGUGAAGUAGUUGCUGUUUCAGUGGAUUCCCAAUUCAGCCAUCUUGCCUGGAUAAAUACACCAAGAAAGAGUGGUGGUUUAGGCCAUAUGAAUAUUGCGCUCCUAUCAGAUUUAACCAAACAAAUUUCCCGAGACUAUGGAGUUCUACUUGAAGGACCUGGCCUUGCAUUAAGAGGUCUCUUCAUAAUUGACCCUAAUGGAGUUAUCAAACAUAUGAGCGUCAAUGAUCUCCCUGUGGGCCGAAGCGUGGAAGAAACUCUUCGUUUGGUGAAGGCAUUCCAGUUUGUGGAAGUGCACGGAGAAGUCUGUCCAGCAAAUUGGACACCAAAUUCACCUACGAUCAAGCCAUCUCCGACUGCUUCCAAAGAGUACUUCGAGAAAGUGAAUAAAUAAAUGAUACCAUGUAUUGAAGACCUGCACAGCGCUUUUUAAAUUAUGAAGAAACCACAAAUUGGAAUCUACAAUAACAUGCAAAAAAAAUUACUGCAUAUAGAAGUGUAGAAUAUAUACAACUUCUGCUUGUAUCUGUGCAUCCCAAAAUGCUGUUUUCAUAAAAUUUCCCCCCUAAACUAUUUAACCUUAAUAGUUGAUGCUAGUUCAAAGAUCCUUUAGUACCAAAUACUUGCUUUUUCCCAUAGUUCUCCUUUACAGAUUGCAUUUACCAUAUAUUUGAUGUCUUCAUUCGAACCAAGAGGUUCUCUUGAAUUUGUAGGCUAAAGGAAUUGUUCAUUGCCUCCAUAUGCACAAAUACCAGUGUGGCAAACCUUUAAUCAGGAUGCUUUGAGGGUCUUGAGUUUUAUAGGUAAACAGGUAUAGCUGCUUUCCCUUUACUGAAUAUCCCUUUGCAGAUUUAUUUUUUAAUUGAACUAUAGUCCUUUCUCCAUAAAGUGAAUGUCCUGCAAUUAAGGAUAAUAAUGUCAGAGGUCUAAUUUGACUCAUGGCACAUUUGAGUAUAAGACAGGUAUGAAGUAUAUUUGUUUUUAAAAAUCCAACACUUACAAUGGUAAGUUAAAAAUAGUUAAUCACGGAGGGCAGACCAGAGAUUUUUAAUUCAGGGUUCAUUUCACCAUUAUUUGAUGUUUAAGUGAACUUUAUGUCUUGAUACAUUUCAAAACUAUUUAAUUUUAUUAUAAAAGAUAUCCGUUGAACCCCAGAAUUGCAUAUUAAUGCUGCUUUGGAAAUGAUUAUUGAACAUUUAUUUUUCUAACUGGUGAAUAACUCUGUAUGUUCUAUAAUCAAGAAUAAAGAAAAUU